AUGGCCUCCACUGCCACCUUAUCUCUCGGGCCUAACCAGGAGAAUGAGGUUCAACUUCUGCCUCCAAAAGAGGAAAAAACACUAGAUAAUUUCAUGAAACUUGGGAAAUACUGCUGGCUCAUCCUGCUUUUCUCAGAGUUUAUGCUCCUCUCUGGAGCAGGAAAUACACUUUAUAUGAUGUAUGCUGGUGCAAUUCCAAAGCAAGUCAGUUGUGAAGGUCCGGAUGUUUUCAUCAAAGAUAUAUGUGAUUCUUCCUAUGAUUUCCAUAAUCCUCCCAAUUGCACAAUCACUUCCAAAUACGAUUUUUACUCAAUUAAUGUUGAUUUUGGUCAUUUUUGUGGCGAAGGCGCAUGGGUGAAAACCAGUAUUUCUGUGCAGAUGGUCGGUGUUUUGAUUGGAUCUGUUACGUCGGGAGCGGUUGCCGAUAGGUAUGGAAGGUUGAAGGUACUCUCGGUUUGCUUCUUCAUGGUGUCAUCCCUCAGCAUCGUCAACACUUUCGUCAAGGAUUUGAUCUACUUCACAAUUGUCCGAACUCUUCUUUCCGUUUUCAAAGGAGGUCUUUUGAGUACUUAUGGAGUUUACAAGAUGGAGCAUGUUCCACGUCAACAUCGUUUCUGGAUCGCAACAAUGAUCAGCUGGGCUCCGAACUACAUGCUUCUCAGUUUGGUGGCUUACCUUUGUCAUGACUGGAUCACUUAUCAGUAUGCUAUUUUUGCACUUUCUAUGCCGGGAGCAUUGGUUUUCAUGUUCGUUCAAGAAUCACCAAGAUGGUUGAUUCAGGCAGGCAGAAUUGAUGAUGCUCGUCGAGUUUUGAAGAGAAUAAUGGAAGUGGAUGGAAACACAUCAGAUCAUUCAUGGUCUGAAAUUGAAGAAAUGUUGCAAACGGAGCAGAAACGACAAGCAGAACGAACACAGAAAAGGAAAAACUACGAUUUUAGACACUUGUUCUGGAAUAAAUACAUGGCAUCUGUGACAAUGAUCAUGUGGCUUGGAAUGUUCUCAACUUCAUUCACAAACUACGGAUUCGUGUUCAAUAUCGAAAAACUGUCUGGUUCAUUGUACAUCAAUGCACUACUCAUGGGAACUCUCCGCUGGAUGUUGAAUAUUGCCUUCGGAGUGGCUGAUAUAAAGUUCAAAGGAUUGGGGAGGAAGCAUAUUCACUUGAUUUCAAAGUUGACUAUCACAGUUUGUGUGUUUUCAAUUUUCAUUACUUAUUACUUUGAAUACGAAGAAGAGUACUCCUUGAUUAUCCGAAUUGCCACGUUGCUUGCUUCUGCCACAGCUUCUCAAGUAUUCAUUACCAAAUCGAUGGUUCUUAUGGAAUUCUAUCCAACAGUCAUCAGAAACUCUGCAGUUUCUUUCAAGUCAAGUGCGAGUAGAAUCGGAACAAUUCUUGGGCCUCAAUUAUUUAUUUUGUGCCCGUACAAAAGUUUGCCGUAUGCAGUUCUUACUGUAAUGUGUUUGUUCGACGCCAUUGCAUUCCAGGUUCAACUUCCGGAAACCAAAGGAAGACCAUUACCAGAAACAAUGCCUGAGAGACAGAAAAAUGGAAGAACAGCACUUCCGACUUCGGAUCCAGAAAAGAAAUAG